UUGGCUGUAUGAAAUACUUUAUCCUGAUUGGCUUCUAAAAAUUGUUUACGUUAGGAAUUGUAAGUUUAAAAGUUAUGUGAUUGACAGUGUGUCGUUGAGUGAAGAAUUAUUGAUAUAUUUGUUUGUAAAUUUAUUACAAUGGUACGAUAUGUUGCCCUUAAAGGCUUAUACGAUCUGGAAAAGACUAUUGGAAGUGGAGGCUUUGCGAAAGUUAAACUUGCUACGCAUGUUGCAACCGGCGAAAAAGUUGCUAUUAAAAUAAUGGACAAAACAGCAUUAGGCGAUGAUUUACCAAGAGUUAAAUUAGAAGUUGAUGCGCUGAAAACUUUAUUACACCAACACAUUUGUAGACUAUAUCAAGUAAUAGAAACAGAGAGUCACUAUUUUAUGGUGAUAGAAUAUUGUUCAGGAGGAGAAUUAUUUGACCAUAUAGUGGAAAAAAAUAGGUUAUCUGAAACAGAAUCAAGGAAAUUCUUUCGUCAAAUUGUCUCUGCUGUAGCAUAUUUACAUAAUUUAGGAUAUGCGCAUCGUGACUUGAAACCAGAAAAUGUUUUACUAGACAGGGAUGAAAACUUAAAACUUAUAGACUUUGGAUUAUGUGCAAAGCCAAAGAAUGGGAUAGAAUCGCAUUUGCAAACAUCAUGUGGUUCCCCAACUUAUGCUGCACCAGAACUUAUAUUAGGAAAAAAGUAUUUAGGCUCAGAAGUAGACAUUUGGAGUAUGGGAGUACUUCUGUAUGCAUUACUUUGUGGUUUCCUUCCCUUUGACGAUAACAGUAUAGAGAGUCUAUAUAGAAAGAUUCUUAGUGGCAAGUAUGACGAACCAAGCUGGCUUUCAAGUAGCAGUAAAAGACUGAUACAAGCAAUGCUACAAAUAGAUCCUAAAAAAAGAAUUAGUAUACAAGAGUUGUGCAAUCAUCCGUGGAUUACAGCAGGAUUUCUAAAUCCUGUUUCAUUUGUUCAUAAAACUAACUUCGAAAAGGAUGAUGACGUGUUGAGUACUAUGUCUGCGAUAUGCGGUGAACAUGCUUCAGAUAUAUGGAAGAAACUUGUAAAAAGUGAUCGAACUGAUUAUAAGACUGCUACAUAUCUUUUACUUUUGGAUAGGAAACUUCGUGGACUUUCACUUCGGAUAUCAUCUUCUGCAAAAUCUCAUUUUAAGCCAGAAGAUGAAGGAGGAAUAAAUAAUAUUAUAACAAAACUUGAUUGUUCUCCAAGAAGCAAACCUAAUAGGAAAUCUCCUGUAUUAGAAACAACUUAUAAUGUUAUACCAAAAACACCGGAAACAGCUAAUAAUUUCAUGGAACCAUACAUACCUGGAAGGAAACGACAUCGAAGUAAAGAAGUAGAUGAUAUGUGUUCUCCUGUUCCCAUCAAGAGAGCAGCAGAAAAGGAUAGAACCGUUUCUACUCCAACCAGUACUCCAAUAUCAGAAACACGAGGAUCACAGUCUUCUACACCAGGAAGCGCCAGAAAAGUAAUAAUGGGUCUAGAACGUGGCUUAAAUCGUGUGCGGUGCGUCCUUACGCCUAAGAGGCGCAUGAAAAAUGAGAAUAUUGAUCCUGACCAACCUAACAUACUUUCCGGCAAAGGUCUUUUCAAUGUUUCAUCAACAUCCAGUGAUGACCCGAGAUAUGUACUCUCACAAUUACGUCGAGCACUUCGGCGGAAAGGAAUCAUGUGUCACCAAAAAGGGUUUAUUCUUCAAGGUGAAACAGAGGACUGCGCAGAAGAAGACAAAGAUACAACACGGCCAUUUUCCUCCAGGAACGCUUGCUCAUUCGAGUUGGAAGUUUGCUUACUAGAGGGUAUCUCGAGCGAUAAAUUAUUAGUUGGUAUUCGAAGGAAAAGAUUAAAAGGUGAUGCAUGGGUGUACAAACGUGUAUGUGAAGAGGUUCUUGCUCUGGCAGCUGAAGAUCUCUCUACAGAAUCGGAAGGUUCGACAGAGUCGAAGUGUCCUAUUUGAAAUUUCAUUACUGCUUUCGUACUAGCAGAUAUAAGCAUUUAUUCGAAUUAACACAUCACAAAAAGUCUAUAAGAUGAUUUUUACUGUUCUUUGAUCUCUAUUGAAUAGAUUAUACAAGCGAUGCAGGCGUGAAAAAUAUUCUAGAACUUUUGAGUGCAAAGCCUCAAAUAUUAGAGUGGAUAUAUGUUCUACGGCAGCUACGUAACCAACGAUAUAUUGGGUACACGCGUACUUUGCCAUUAGAAUAUUUCUUCUUAGAAGAAAUAGUCACGGAAGAAAUAUCGCGUUAAUAUAAGUACUUCCAUUGGUAUUUCUCCGGGUUCUGAAAACUUGCGUAAACUCACAGUUCUGGUGAAGAUUAGAACUGUCAAUUGUGUAAUAUUAUUUAUACAGUAUAGAAGAACUAGAAAUAAAAUAUGUUACUUCCUAUUGUCUGUAUCUGAUAUAGUCUUAUGGUAAUAUAAGAUGAAUAUAUUUUCUAUUUUAUCAGAGUGUAUGAUUAUAUUUACAAAGAGAGUAAAGUAAUAAAUAUAA